GUUGGUUGAGGUAGACUCCUGCCCAUUUGGCUGCUUGUCUUUCAGCAGUCACUGCCUGCAUAGCCAGCAGAGUGUGGGCCCCGCCACACCACCCGCUCGCCACACCACGGCCUUUACCUGUGCUCUCCAGUGUUUCCUGUGUGAACCUCUCUGUCUGAGCGCCUCGUGGACCAGCCCGGAGUUCACACCGCGCCCGGUGGCACCCAUGGUGAAGAUGACGAGGUCCAAGACAUUCCAAGCUUAUCUGCCCACCUGCCACAGGACGUACAGCUGCAUCCACUGCAGAGCCCACCUCGCCAACCACGAUGAGCUCAUCUCAAAGUCCUUUCAAGGAAGCCAAGGGCGAGCUUAUUUGUUCAAUUCAGUCGUCAAUGUGGGCUGUGGACCAGCAGAGGAGCGUGUCCUGCUCACCGGCCUGCACGCUGUGGCUGACAUUUACUGUGAAAACUGCAAAACUACCCUCGGAUGGAAAUAUGAACACGCCUUCGAGAGCAGUCAGAAGUACAAAGAAGGAAAGUACAUUAUAGAAGUGGCUCAUAUGAUUAAGGACAAUGGCUGGGAGUGAAAGGAAGAUGUGGUGAUGCCGAUCGCUGGGCCAUUGAUCCUGCAAAAAAAAACAAAGAGAAGUAACUGAAGGCUUUGGUUGCAACAUGUCGGAGAGGUCACGCCACUCGGCAUGUCCUCGAACCUCUCUCCAUCCCUCAGCGACGUGCCUCUGUGUCUCUCUCUCUCUUCCUCUGUGUCUCUUUUGCUUUUUUACGACCUCCUUGUGGUUCAACAUCCUGACUCCUCCUCCUCUGUUCCAGUGUUGCCUGAAGGAACACACCAAAGCUCAAGGGUGCAGAGUUUUUCUUUGAGUUACCACUGUUAACUUGAAGCUGUUUAGUGACAUUCGCUUAGAGUAGCUUUGUCAGUGUGCAAGAUUCGGCGGU